AGGCUUCAACUGUAUAAAUUGAAACGCACGUCCAGUUGGAAACCGCAGUUUCAUUAUAACCAAUUCCGAACAACUAAAGAAUGGCGCAUUUUUCUGUAGUUUCACUCACCCAAGUUGUUUUGCUGUUGGUUUUCAUCUGCUGGACGAGAAGUUCAACUGGGGCUGCCUUUUCCAUAGAAGAAGAAUUCCUACAACUGAAGGAAAAUUAUAUUCAAAUGAAACAAGACGUGACAAGUUUGAAAUCGACAGCGAUUGAACAGCAGGCAAAAGUGACACAACUAGAGGCGCAACUCGAACUAAAUAAUGAACUAAGACAUGAUUUGACAUUGAAAGUAAUUCAACUAGAGGCCAAAAAUGUCCAACUGGAAGUUAAAAUUCAGGAUCAAGAAAGAAGAUUAACUUCCUUUUUGGAACCGGCUGAACUUCCGGUUUCCACUGAUUCAAAAUUAUUUCCAGUUAAUAAAGAAAUUUCAAUUCGAUCAACUGGAAGGAGCGGAAUCCCAAGAACAUGCAGAGAACUUCGUGCGGCCGAUCCUUCACUUUCAUCCGGAAUGCACUGGAUCGAUCCGGACGGACAAGGUGUCGGCGAUAACCCAAUUUACGUUUACUGCGAUAUGACAUCAGGAUCGACCUCAAUUCUACACGAUGGUGAAUCUUCUUUAAAUGUGGGACACUGCGCCGAUGCCGGGUGCUAUUCACGCUCCAUCAACUACAAUUCGUCAAUGGGACAAAUAAAAGCUUUGAUGGAAUUAUCCACUGAAUGCCAUCAGUCGAUUAGAUAUGAUUGCAACUAUGCCCCAUUCGAGUCAAAUGGCGUCGCCUAUUCCUGGUGGAACGACAGAGAAGGAAAUGCGCAAUACUUUUGGGCCGGAAGUAACACGGACGGAGUUCACACCUGCCAGUGCGGAAUUGAUGCAAAUUGCGUCGAUCCUGCGGCGAAAUGCAAUUGCGAUGCUCUUGUACCACUUCAAUUAGUCGACGACGGUGUCAUUACCGACAAAAAUGUUCUGCCCGUCACUCGUUUGAAUUUCGGACGAACUCAACUGGAAACUUCAUCCGGCGUCCACACCCUUGGCCGACUCGUGUGCACCGGAUUAGUGACUUUGACUGGACUGCCAAAGUCCUGCCAAGAUUUGUGGUUGAUUGGCCACACCCUGAACGGAUUUUAUUCCGUCAUGGGGUCGGCGAAAAUGGAAUCAGUUUAUUGCGAUUUCACUAAACUACCGGACGAUGCGAGUUUCCAGAAAUGGAUUGGAUAUGUCGACGUUAAAUCGGCGCCUGUCCAUUUCUACGUCCAGAGAAGUACUUCGUUUUCCACACAAAACACUCCGAUUAAAUUCGAUUUGGUGCGGGUGAACGAGGGAAAUGCCAUGGAUUUGGCGUCGGGGAAAUUCACGGCCCCGCGACCGGGAAUUUAUUUUUUCUCUUUCGCGGGAGAUGCGCGUCUUGAGGGAGAUGCGGGUCUUGGGUCAUCUACUGUUGAUUUUUAUUCUCGUCUUUAUUUGAACGGGUUUCUAAUCGGGUCGAGUCAUGUUCAUAAACAUGACGGCAUCAUUGAUCAAGAGAGUCCGGUGACAAUCCAGUCGACGCUGAACUUGAAAAAAGACGAUCAAGUCUGGGUGGCGUUUUCUUAUUCUGGUGGUUCAUCCUCGCAUUUGUUUGACGACAGUUACCACUACACCCAUUUCACAGGUUUCCUGUUGGAGGAGGAAAUUGUGGCGUCCCUUUGAGGUUCAACUUCAUUGGCAACAAGAAACAUUUUCGACCAUUUUUGUUUCAUUUCGACAAGAAGUUUUGGGGAAGGGAAUUUUAGGGGGAAAUAAUUCAAUCGAUUCUAAUCCAUUAAGGGGUAGGAAUUUCUGUACGAAAAUUUUGACUGUGGAUGUUAUUACACUUACUAAAUACACAAGCCAAGUUUCAAAAUUCUA